GGAGGAGGGAGGGAGAGCAGGAGAGAGUAAGUGAGUGAGAGCCAGAGUAUCACAGCUAUUUGCCUGUAGCUCAGUGAAGCCUGAAACACACACACACACACACACACACACACACACCGACUCUUUCUCUCUCUCACACAUACACACUUGUACAGCCGUAGCUCUCCGUGCUGCACCAAGGUAACAGUGAGUGGAUUUAGCUUUAGCCAUCUGGACGGAGUGCGGAGAAAGCCCAGCUGCCUCUCUGCCGCUGCACGGAGGGAAAAAAAAGGACAAUGCAGCACUAAAACACAGCUAGACGGGGAAAACCAAAGAGUGAAAGCGAGAGACAUACACACACACACACACGGAGACAGGAUGGCCACCGCAGUGUUUCAGGUGUCUUCAUCUUGUGUUCCUGCAACAAACUAUGAGCUGGCACCCAGCAAUGACCUCCCUCUCAAACAUGUAGACACCACGGGCUCAACAAAAUCCUCCAAGAGCAUGGAGUCACGACGCAGACCUUCAAGGAGCAUGAGCCUGCUGCAGGCCCUGGACGAAAGCUACGAGGUGGACCUGGUCUACAUCACAGAGAGGAUCAUCUCCGUCUCCUUCCCCAGCAGUGUGGAAGAGCAGAGCUACGCUGCCAACCUGCGGGAGGUGGCCUCCAUGCUGCGCUCCAAGCAUGGCCACAACUACCUGCUCUUCAACCUCAGUGAGAAGCGUUAUGACAUCAACCAGCUCAAUCCAAAGGUGUUGGACUUUGGCUGGCCUGACCAUCACGCUCCGGCCCUGGAUAAAAUCUGCAGCAUCUGCAAGGCCAUGGACACCUGGCUAAGUGCAGACAGUCACAAUGUGGUGGUCAUACACAACAAGGGCAACCGUGGCCGAACCGGAGUGGUGGUGGCAGCAUACAUGCAUUACAGCAACAUAUCUGCCAGUGCUGACCAGGCCCUGGACAGGUUUGCCAUGAAGCGCUUUUAUGAAGACAAAGUACUUCCUGUGGGGCAGCCAUCACAGAAAAGGUAUGUGCAGUAUUUCAGCGGUUUGCUCUCGGGACACAUCAAGAUCAACAACAAGCCUCUGUUCCUUCACCACGUCAUCAUGCACGGCAUCCCCAACUUUGAGUCCAAAGGAGGUUGCCGUCCUUUUCUCAAAAUCUACCAGGCCAUGCAGCCCGUCUACACAUCUGGGAUCUACAAUGUCCAAGGUGACAGCCAGACAAGCAUCUGCAUCACCAUUGAGCCUGGUCUUCUCCUGAAAGGAGACAUCUUGCUCAAGUGCUACCACAAGCGUCACCGUAGCCCCUCCCGAGAUGUGAUAUUCCGGGUGCAAUUCCACACCUGCGCUGUUCACGACCUGGGGGUUGUUUUUGGAAAAGAGGAGCUUGAUGAGACGUUCAAAGAUGACAGAUUUCCAGAAUAUGGGAAAGUGGAGUUUGUUUUCUCCUUUGGACCAGAGAAAAUACAUGGUCAAGGUAUGGGCCACCUGGAAAACGGGCCCAGUGUCUCUGUGGACUACAAUACCCAAGAUCCCCUGAUCCGCUGGGACUCCUAUGAAAACUUCAACCAGGCCACAUGUGAGGACACCACAGAAGAAGUCAUCCAUACACAAGGACCUCUGGACGGCAGCCUCUACGCCAAAGUGCGCAAGAAGGAGUCUGUUGAAGGGACAGUCACAUCCAACGGCCUCCCACCCACUGCUGUUGACCAUGUUCUACCUGCGGUUGAUCAUGCCUUGUCUGUGAGCAGCGACUCUGGAAACUCUACUGCCUCCAUUAAAACUGACCGAACUGAUGAAGCGACAGCAGCUCCUCAGGCAUCCACAGUGAGCCAGCCACAAGUCCCCGUGGGUGAGGAGCCACCCUUGGCCCAUCACCAGGUCCCAGCUGCCCAACAGCCCCUUAGUCCCCAAGAGAAACAGGAGCUGGAACAGCUGUUGAGUGGCUUGGAGGGGCCCAUGCACCGACAGGGCUACCUGUCCACCCCUACCUCAGCUGUUGGAGGAAUGCUUCACCUUGUGCCCGCCCAAGUCCAUGUCAAUGGGCACAGCAGCAUUGACCGUGAGACAGACAUUUUAGAUGAUGAGCUGCCUGUCAGUCAAGAGGGAAACAGUGUGGACAGUUUGGGGACAUUCUCCUCCACAGAGGGCCGGGCCACACCAGCUGAUCUGUACUACCAGUCUGAUUCAGUCAUCAAUGGGCAAGACCAUGUGCCCUAUUUAGAGCGUAGCAUCACGGAGAAGCCUCUGGAAGCUGUCCAGUCGCAAGCUGGUAUAUCUGAGAAACCUUUGAUGCAAAGUGAAUUGGCUCCAUCCUCGGGCAAUUUCACAAUCAGCCAAAAUGGCAAUCUGUAUCGGUCGCAGUCAUUUGGUGCAGAGCCAAAGUCCAUGCCACAAGCUCCCACCCGCACCACAAGUAGCAGGGAUGCAGUCCAGCGUGGUCUCAAUGUUUGGCAGCGGUUCGGUGUACCUGAGGAGCCGGUAACUGAGGGCCUGAGCUUUAGCCCACCUCCUCCCACAACAGUCAUACCAAGUCACCACAGCCUCCCACAGUUCCCUCACCGUCACAGCGCCUCCCAGCAGGAGAUUGAACAAUCUAUUGAAACCCUCAACCUUCUCAUGUUGGACCUGGAACCAGGCCGUGUGCCAAAGUCCCAGAGCGCUCCUCUGAGGGAGAACAGUACUGUGGUAACCACCCAGCCGUCCUUCUCCCAGAGCCAAAACAGGCCCUCCUACCAGGCUGAUGCUGCCAUUCAUAUCCACUCCACUGGCCCCAUGUCUAGCCGGCCCCGUCAGUCCUCACCUGUUCAGAUGUCACCUGGGAAGCCUAGUACGCCAGAACCUGCACCUGUCCAGGGAUCUUUGGGUUACAUAUCUGAACCAGAUGGAACCAGUCCUGUUCCACAAACUUCUACCACUGGUCAGCUCCAGCUCAAGCCAAUCAACACCUACCCACCCAGCACAUUGUCAUCAUCUGCAGAGGUCCCAGAACCCCAAAGAAGCCCUAGUGCUGCCUCAGCAUCUCCCCAGCCAAGAGAUAGUGAGCCCAAUGAAGAGUUCAAUGUAGAAGGCCUGGUGGCCCAGCGAGUGGCUGGUGUCCAGGCCCGUGGGAUGUCAUUGGAUGAGCCCUCAGCUCUUCCACGUCAUCGCACCACCAGUGACAGCCAGUACCAGAAUGGUCCUGAUGAAGGUCCCUCCCCUGAUGCCCCAGUCCGCUCACCCAUUCGCUGUGUUUCCCCAGAAUUUGUCAAUGCCAUAGCGAUGAACCCUGGAGGACGGCCUAAGGAGAGACACAUGCACAGCUACCGGGAAGCCUUUGAGCAGAUGGAGGGAGGCCCCAUCAGCCCCACGCCCAUAGCUGGUGGUGAGGUGUUCCCCCAAACCCCUGCCUUCCCCAUCUCGCCGCAAACCCCUUACUUCAACCUGUGUCGGUCUCCUCCUGGUCUGGCCAAGACUCCGCUGUCAGCCCUGGGUUUGAAGCCCCACAACCCUGCAGAAAUCCUCCUCAAUCAAACAGGCUCAGCACCCAGAAGUUAUGUGGAGUCUGUGGCCAGGUCUGCAGCAGCAGGUGGAGAGGCGUCCACAUCACCUCGGAGCCUUAGCCCUCCAGGAGAGUUUUUGGGCCAGCAGAGAAGUCCAAGUCCCUCCUCCUCCCAUGCCCUGAACGCACCAUUGUCCAGCAGCAGCCCCAUUCAAAGCUCACAGAGUGACCACCCUGUAGCAGAGAGCAGUGUUAGUACUCCGUCCCAACCCACUACUGAUUCUGGCUUCCGUUCCCUGCCGAUUGAGAGUGCCUAUCCCACCCCCACCCCCUCCUACCAAACCAUGAAUACCCCAACCCCUUCCUACCUGGACUCCAGCUCUCCGGCCUCUUCCUACCUUGGCACUACCACCCCUACGCACACCCAUCUUGGCCCCCACACCCUCCUGGGCAGCUACUCGACCUCAGAUCCCAGUCUCCCAGAACCCUCUCAGUCUAUAGUUAGCCAUGGAAGUCCCCACACACUGCAUCGGACAACCGUCCCCGGCUCCACUCAUAGCCCUGUCUUCCAACAGCACUCAAGCACGAACCAGGGCAGCCCGAUCAUGGGCCAGCAGCCGUCACCAGCUAAUGGCUUUGAGGUGGGUCUUUCAGGCCUCAGCGGCAGUCCUGUCCUUGGUCGGCGUCUGUCUCAAGGAGCCCAGAGCAGUCCAGUCCUGAGUAGACAGGCCUCGUUGGGGCAGGUGUCUCAGCGGAGCCCUGUCCUCAGUAGACAGCCGUCCCUUGGCCAGCCCAUACAGAGCAGCCCUGUGCUCAGCCGACAGCCAUCCAUCACCCACCAGGGAAGUCCAGUUUUGGCCCGUCACCCAUCUGUAUCACAGGUGUCCCAGAGAAGCCCGAGUUUGGACCGUCACCCCAUGCACAGUGGUUACACCACCCCAGAUGAGAGGCACGGGAAUCUGUCACGACAAAGCAGCUCCUCAGGCUACCAGGGACCUCCUACACCCUCCUUCCCCACCUCACCUGCAGGCUACCUGGAUGGGGGCAUGAUGGCAAUGGGGGUGGGCUUCCGGCAGGGAAGCCCAGGCCCUGGUCUUCAGCCGCAGCUUCCUGAAAAGAGGCGCAUGUCGAGUGGUGACAGGCCAAACGGAGCAUUGUCCUAUGGGACGCUAAACGGGAAGAUUUCAUCCCCAAUGUCGAGUGGAGGAAGCACUCCUGGCUACUUCCACACCCUCCCUGACUUCUCCAAGUUCAAUAUGCAUGAUGGAAGUUCUGGGCUGAAUGUUAAGUUUGUCCAAGACACAUCCAAGUUCUGGUACAAGCCAGACAUAUCCCGGGAGCAAGCCAUCAGCCUGCUGAGAGAGAGGGAGCCAGGAGCCUUUGUUAUCCGGGACAGCCACUCGUUCAGAGGUGCUUACGGCCUGGCCAUGAAGGUGGCAUCCCCCCCACCCUCAGUGCAUCAGAACAAGAAAGCUGGGGACAUCAAUGAGCUGGUGAGGCACUUCCUGAUUGAGAGCAGCCCUAAAGGAGUGAAGCUGAAGGGCUGUCCCAACGAGCCUUAUUUCGGCUGUCUGUCUGCCUUGGUCUACCAACAUGCUAUCACACCUCUGGCCCUGCCCUGCAAACUACUCAUCCCCACCACAGAUCUCAGUGAUGAAGUGUCAGAGGUCGCAGCACCAAAUCCGCUGGCCGAAAGGCUCAAACAAGGAGCAGUGCAGAGAGCCCCUGAUGAUUCCCAUGCGUGCAACGUGCUCUACAUCAACUCAGUGGAGAUGGAGUCUCUGACGGGCCCUCAGGCUGUUGCUAAGGCCAUAUCUGAGACACUGGCUGCCGCCUCUCCGCCUACUGCCACCAUUGUGCACUUCAAGGUGUCUGCACAAGGCAUCACGCUGACUGACAACCAGAGGAAGUUGUUCUUCCGACGUCACUAUCCUAGCAACACUGUCACGUUCUGCGAUAUUGAUCCUCAGGACAGAAAGUGGAACAAACCUGAGGGAGGCACAGCCAAGUUCUUUGGGUUCGUGGCCCGUAAGCAGGGAAGCACAACCGACAACGUCAGCCACCUCUUCGCCGAGAUGGAACCUGACCAACCUGCCAGCGCCAUCGUCAACUUCGUCUCCAAGAUGAUCGCCUCGCAGAAACGAUGAGAGCUGUCUGCAAAACCCUGGCGCUUUUUUUUUAAUCCCUUUGGUUGUUUUCUUUUCUUUUCACCACAGACACUUAUUUUCAGUUUUGGACUAUUCAGCGUUUGAUUUUAUGUGUCAUCUUGUUUGUUUCUGCUUGUUUCUUUUAUAUAUACUUUCACGCAAAUGUGAGUGUGUGUGUGUGUGUAAGCGACGAGGGUGUAUGUGACUGUGUGAGUGUGUGUGUGUUUGUGAGCAAAUAAGAGAAAACAGGAGGAGGAACAGAGGAUGAGAGUAAUGUGUAUGUGUGUGUGUGUGUGUUGUCUGUGUGUGCGGCAGGCAUGCAUGUGCUUUUCUUCUUGGACGGACUCCAGAAUGGACCAGAGGAAGUGAAGAAUGGGGAGUGGCUGUGUGUGACAAUGGGACGGGAGGCCAUUUUGACCUCCCUGGCAGGGUAACACGUGAACAGGGAGAGGAAAUGAUGUUGUGUGAGCAAAUGUUAUUUUUUGCCGUUGUUUUAUGUUUAUUUUUUUAAAGAAGAAGUUAAGUUGUGUGAUGUAAAGGUGGAUUGUAAAUCUAUCAGGCUUUCGACUGGUCAACCAAAGAUUUUAAAAAAGCAGUCAGGGCGUAAAUAUAGUGUGCCACUGUCAGAGGGUCGGAAAUAUUCUUUUGUAAAACAAAUAUGGCUGCUUAAUCAAAAAUUACUGAACUGUUUCUUUCUAUAUGUACUGAUACUGUAGGUCAACUUCACUCUUAAAAAAAAAAAAAGUGCACCUCUGCCUUCUUGAAAAGAAUGAGGACAUUUUCUCGUAUGGCGAGGUCAGUGUAAAUAUUCUAGAUUGCUUUCUGAGUAGGUCUGAACUACAUGACAUUUGGUGCCUGACAAUUAUUAUUAUUUUUUUGUUAAUGAAGAGCUUUCUAAAGAAAAGAAGAAAACAAAACACAUCCCAGCUGUCUUAAAAUAUGCAAUUAUCCAAAUUUGGAAUGAAGAUUGUUCUCCAAAAUUCCUCAGUUCCUUUCCUAUUCAGUCUAGUAGUGUCGCUAACCAAGUGCGCCUGUGAAGGCAAGCUCAUCUGAAGUGCGGCUGAGGUCAGAGAUAAUCAGCUAAACCAUAACGUGCAUUUUCUUAUUAGUGUGAUAUCCAUGUGAUAAAAGUGAGGAACUAGUAUAAUGGCAGUUGAAUCCACUCAAACUCCCUUUUGAUUGUUUUUGUCAGCUCAGCAAUGGCAAGAAAACUGAGGGGAUUUAAUAUCCUAUCUGCCACUCCUCUGUCUCCACAGUCUGCACAGCAUGUAGCCACACUAUUUUCGCUCAUUACUGAAGGGCUAAAAGGGUUUUGUGAUAAGAAUCUUUACAGCUAAGGGUUGCACUACUAUCCUGCUCUCCACUUUUCUGCAUAAGAAAAAAAGAAAAGCUACUAUCACUACAUGUCAGCUGACCAAAACUGUUAACACUCACACCCUACCCAAAAGUAAGCUAUUCAUAUAAAUAUACAUAUAUAGAUAAAUAUAUAUAUAUAUAUAUAACUUCCAAACGGUGACUAAAAUAUUUAUUUUUAUUUUGCUUUGUUGCUCUAUGUUAUCCUGUAUACAUGUAUUAUAUAGUAUACAUCAAGAUUACUGAAAGCGAGAAGAAUAUGCUCUUUAUUUUGGCUAAACUUUGAAAUCACAAGACAUUGAAGUGCAUUGAAAUAUAUGGUGUAAAGUGUGUGCAUUUUAAAGCGUAUCACUGUCGUUUUUGAGUAUGUUUUUUUUCACAGCAUUAUUUCAUCAUGUUAACAUUCUUGUUUUCAGCAUCAGAAAGGCUUCUUGGGGAGGCUUUUUUGGUAGAAGGGGAUGGGAGGGGUACUUUGUUUUUCGUUAAAAAUGUCAAAAUGGAGUUAUCCUGAAGUGAUGCCAAUACAAUGUUCUGACCAACUUAAACCUGCCUGAAAAUACAUUGUCCAGGUUUAGCACUUAAAUGUUGAAGUAUUAUGUACAUGAUCAGUGCGUUUCAAAAGCAGAAGAACAAAUGGACAGCUAAAUGUCAGCAGACUGGCUUCAUGUUCAUCACUGCAUGCAUGGAGGCAGACAUAACAUAUUUCACACAGCAGCGCCGAACAAACAUUGCUCUCAUACCCUUAGGAGGAGAAAAACUGCCUGAGUUUAGCUGGUAGCUGCUGCCCUCGUGUGGUGUAGAGAAAUAUUACUAAGGAACCCAUUUUAUUCUAAUACAGUGUUUUAACUGUGAUCAUAACUCAAAGGAUGAAUGUGUGAAUUUAGAUAAUUUGAUUGUUGAGAAAAAAAAAAAAAAGAACGUAGGAGAAACUUCAUUUUUAAUCUUCAUCCAUUUGCAGAUUCUCAGCAAAUGUGUGUUGCCCGUUUUAUUUUUUCUUGUUUGUGUUUUUGUCCCAUUCAAGGAUUGAGUAGUAGGGACUUAACUCCCUUUAUUUCUGCCUGCUACACUUUGAGUGAGCAUGACAAUACCUAAUCAAAUGACUGUUGGAAUGGGGGCCUACCUUAAGUCAAAUGUUACUUCCUCAAGAAUAAAAUGUAUAGCACUUAUGGGGCUUUUAUACUUGACUAAAGCGUUCCAUUUAAUUUACUUGCAAGAGCUUGCAUGCCCAAGUCAAGUUGUAUUACUUUGCCCUCAAUGGCUACAGUCUCUACACAGUGUCCUCAAGUCUUCCUCAAUCCAGCCUUUCUCCAAACGACGUAGGUAAACAGCUUCUGGUUCUGACUGUCACUGUAUCUUGACCAGGAUUAUGGGACAAAACAUUGGGGUGUACAUUUUUGCAUACAAAAUGCUUGUUGAGAAAAAAAAAAAAAAAAAGGACGUCCUCUACCACAAAC